AUGCACGAAGUCAAUCUACUUGCCGCGCAUAUCUUCGACCAUUGUAGGAACUCCCAGUUAUUGGUUGAUUUGGGAGCAGGCUUGGGCUAUCUCAGUCAAUCCCUCCACGAGCUGAAUCCGGAUUUCUUAAUUGUGGGCCUGGAAGCAGCGGAGGAUCGGGUGGAAAAGGCCAGGCAGCGGUGUAUCCAACACUUGCCACCGGCCGCUUCCAGCUCCAUUGCCUACCAUCAGCAUUUUAUCGACAGAGACUCAGGUGGUUAUAUCGAAUCACAAGCUUCUGAGCUUGCGAGAAAAAACAGUUGCCAAGACUUGGAAAAAAUGUCAAUAAUUGGAUUACAUGCAUGUGCCGACCUGAGUGUCACUGCAAUGAAAUUAUUUCUGGAACUGCCGAAGGUACACUGUCUACAUAUCAUGCCCUGCUGCUACCACAAGCUAGAGCUGCAAUCUUCCUGCCAUGAAGCCAGCGAUUCUCAUUUGUUUGUUAACUUUCCCUUGAGUUCUGCCCUCCAGAGGUCGGUGGAAACAAGGUCCCAAAAACCUAUUCUGAACAGGCCAUUUCUUCGGUUGGCCUGCCAAAGGACUAAAGCUCACUGGGGACCGGAGUACACCGAGAAGAAACACGUGGAUCACGGUUACAAGAUGUACAUGCGAGCAUUGGCGGAGGUCCUUAGACAACCAAAGGAAACAGUAAAGCCUAUUAGAACGGCUGCUUCCUCGUCGUCAAACCCAAUUACCUUCUCCGAAAUAAAGAGGUUAUAUCAACUGGAGUCUAGCGAAAGUGGUUUAAACGUGGAUUGGAUAGACUCGCACCAAGAUGCAUUCCUUCAAUUAAGUGAAAAGUUUCCUGAUAACCAAGGACCUCGCUUAGCAGAGGCAUUAACUUGCUUGCAGGCAUCUUUGCAGAAUCUUUGUGAGAACCUAGUCCUGCUCGAUCGCUUGUGCUUUCUGGAGGGGGAGGCAGUCAAGCAAAGCAUCCCAGUUUCAGCGCGGUACGAGUCAAUAUUUGACGACAAAGUAUCCUCACGGUGUCAUGUUCUUAUUGCUGAGAAACUUCCCUAA